AAAGAAAAAUUAAAUAUAUAAAUAGAAAUGACUAAAGAAUAAAAGUUAUCAAAUUUAGAAAUUAGCAGAAUAGAUGAAAUAAAUAAUGAUAAAUAAAAAUCGGUGUCAACUAUUUUUGGUUUUUGUAUAAGUAUCGCUACAUUUUUAUACUUUGUUAUAGCUGAAAGAGAUUAGUAUAAGUUUAUUCUUGAGCUAAUAAAUAUGAUAAUUUAUGUGCUAAUAUUUUUUAGAAAUUCUAACUAAUUAGAGUGCUUCUGUUACUAUCUCUUAUUUAUUAUAAAUUAAUCUACUGCUAAUUAUUACAAAGAUGGUUUUUGCCUCUACUCUAAUGUGAUGAGAUAAAUACAAACAUAUUUUUAUAUUCGUUUUUAAAUACAAAAGAGCAUUUAAUUAUUUCCUAAACAUCUAAAAGCUAUUAUUGAUGUAUUUCAUAAUACUUUCUUUAUGUUAGGAGAGAUUUAUUAAAGUAGGAAUGGCCUUGAUUUAAUUAUUUAUUUUUUUGUUAUUAUUUUGAUUAUACUCUACUAUAAGCAUGAAUAAAAGGAAUUUUAUGAUAAUGAUGAGACUAAAGAAAAAAUAGAGGAAGAUGAUAAAGAUAUGUGUAUUUUAAAUGACUUUAUUCAUUAAAUGUCAAAAUCAUCAGGGAUUUUAAUACUUAAAAUGAAGUAUCAAAGUAGCAAAGAUACAGAUUAAAUGGUGUAAAAGGUAUAAAAAUUUGAUAAUUAGGCAAAGAGAAUGCUAAAAGCAGAUAACUAAAAAAAAAUGCUUGACAGGUUUAAGAAUUCAGAAUUUGAGCUGGUUGAUGAAGUUAUUAAAAAAAAUGAGGAUUUAUUGGAUUUUAACUAAAUUAAAAAGCCACUCGAAUAUUGGAUAAGAAAAGCAGCUGCUCAGCUGAUUAUGUAAAAAGAAUAGGAGGAAAUUGAAAAAUAGAAUUAAAUUUAAUAAGGACUCAAAGAAUUAAAUCCUGCUAGCAGCAUCUUGAACUUGGAUCAUAAUUUAUAGGGUAAAGCAGAAAAUUUAGAUAAUCAAAAAGUAAAUAAAGAUAGCUUCGAUUAAAAGAAAAUAAACACCUAGAAAGAAACAGCAAAAAUAUGGGUAAUUUAAAAUAAUGCUCAUUAAAGUAAUAUUGGCUCGGCUUUGGGAUUAGUAGGAGGAUUUAGUGCAUAUUAAAACAGUACUCUCCCAUAUGGUAGCAAUUUGUAGCCUCAUGAAAAUGGAAUGAAUGAGAUGAGCAAUUUUUAAAGCUUUCUAGGAAGCAAUUUAAAUAACAAUUACAAUAAUGUACAAAAUAAUCAUAUUAAUAGUGAUGAUUAAUUUUAGUAAUUACUAUCUCCUAAAUCAAAUGGAAAUUUGCUAUAAAUAUAUACAGCAAAAAGUAAUGAUAAGUAAAACGAAGAAACUGCUUUAAAUCCUUAAAAUAUCUCUCUAUAAAACAAUAUUGAUCAAAAUAAUAACAUCGAAUAAGCAUACUAAAUAUUUAAAAAAGAAAAUGAAUAAAAAGAUAAAGAUCUCAAAUAAAAGAUGUAAGGAGAUGGGAAUCUGCUUAAUGAUAUGACGAUAAAAAUAAAUAACAAAGAAACUAAAAUAUCAUCUCACAAAAAACAUCAUAAAGAAGAAAAAUAAAAUGAAGAAAGAAGCGAGGCAGAUAAAAAUGAAGUUAAAUUAAGUAAAAGUAAGUAGAAUAUGAAAAUUCACUCUAAAUAAAAUUUAACGGCUUAGGAAGAUAAAGAAAACGAAGAACCUAUUAUUGAAUACUCACCUAAAAGAAAUUUUACAAUAGAGUAAUUCAAAGGUGUGCUAUUUAUCAAAAAGAAAGCAGAAGUUUUUCGUCGAGUAACAAUUGGCUCAUUUAUGGAAGGAGAUGAUAUUUUUGUUUUGCUUAGUAUUUAAAAAGAUUUUUAGACAUAAGAAAAGAAAAUAAAUUAGCUAAGAGAGUUGCUAAAUUAAUAUGAAUCUCUUUAUUUAUAAACUCUAAAAUGCUUAAAAAAUCUUACUUAUGACGCCUAUCUUGAUAUUCCUGCAAUAGAAACAGAAGAAAAACUUAAAAAUAAUUUUGAAACUAUUUUAAAUAAAAAUUAAAGCUUGAAUCUGUAAAUGAAAAUAAUUAUGAACAAAAUAAUUAAUCUGAAAGAUGUUUUGAAUCUAUAAAAGUCUAUUCAAAGAAACAAAUUAUAAGUGGAAGUUAUUGAUUUAAUGGAUUUGCUUAAUGAAUUAACAAAUGAUUUCAAAUCUAUAUUAGAGGAAAAAAAUGUAACAAUUUAAAUAUUGAAUCCUUCUAACAUUACAACAAUAUAAAAUUCACCCAAAAGAGUAAAGCAAGUUCUUUUUAACAUUCUUCAUAAUGCAAUAAAAAACACAGAAAGCAAUUAUUUUGUGUAAAUAACAAUUGAUUACUAUUAAGAAAAUAAUAAAAUUAUAUAGUUUCAUAUUAUAAAUAAGAUUAAGUAAAAUAUAUAAAUACCAACAAAAGAUGACGUCGUUUUAGACAUCAAAGAAAUUUUAAAAGGUGUUUCUAAAAUGUAAAUUAAAAGAAGCAAAACGAAAAAGGAUCGCUCUAAAAAUAGCUUACAAAUAGGUUUAAGAGUCUCAAAUAAAAUACUAUCUUUGAUUGGACCUAAAAGCAGUUUAAUUAUGAAAAAAGUUGAUAACACUUUCCAAACACAAGUUCAUAUUUUUUCAGAUGCUUCCUAAUAAAUUAGCAACGAAAAAUUAAUUAAAAAGGAAAAAGAGUAAAAGACAAAGCAAGAAGAGGUAGAAGAUGUAUUAUAAGAUUCAUGGUUGCAAAAGAUGGAGACUUAUUUACAGGAUUAAAGAAUUUUAGCAUUAUAAAAAGGAAUAGAGGAGAAUAAAAUUAAUUAAUUUAUUAAAUAAAAUUACUAAGAGAACUGA